AUGGGACAGGUAGCUUUUGGUGAGGGCUCAAUCAGCACCACCACGAUUGUCAGCAGAUCAUGGAUCAGCAGUUCUCAGAGACUGGACCCAAAGGAGCCCCUGGGUAGCCAGAGAGCAGCUUCCCCAGCCCCAAAACAAGCUUCUGCUACUGCUCCUGGCCGUGAAAGCCCCCGAGAGACAAAGACCCAAGGCCCAUCAGGCCAGGAGGCUGAUGGUCCCCGCAGGACACUACAGGUAGACAGCAGGACGCAGCAAUCAGGACGGUCCCCCUCGGUGUCACCAGACAGGGGCAGCACCCCUACAUCCCCCUACUCCGUUCCCCAGAUUGCUCCCCUUCCCAGCAGUACCCUUUGUCCUAUAUGCAAGACCUCAGACCUCACAUCGACUUCCAGCCAGCCAAACUUCAACACCUGCACCCAGUGUCACAACAAGGUCUGCAACCAGUGUGGGUUCAACCCCAACCCUCAUCUUACCCAGGUGAAAGAGUGGCUCUGUCUGAACUGUCAGAUGCAGAGGGCUCUGGGAAUGGAUAUGACCACUGCACCUCGUUCCAAGAGUCAGCAGCAGCUACACUCCCCAGCCCUGUCUCCUGCCCACUCCCCAGCCAAACAGCCUCUGGGGAAGCCAGAACAAGAGAGAUCUCGGGGCCCAGGGGGACAACAGCCUGGUCCCCGCCAGGCUGAGACAGCCAGAGCCACCUCAGUACCUGGCCCUACCCAGGCAACUGCCCCUCCAGAGCUGGGGAGGGUAUCUCCUCAACCCCCUUUCUCCACUAAGCCUUCCACAGCUGAGCCCAGGCCACCUGCAGGAGAGGCCCAGGGCAAAAGUGCCACCACAGUGCCGUCUGGGCUUGGUGCUGGUGAACAGACCCAGGAGGGUCUCACAGGGAAGCUCUUCGGCCUUGGCGCAUCAUUGCUGACCCAGGCGAGCACCCUCAUGUCUGUGCAGCCUGAGACUGAAACCCAGAGCCAGCCUUCCCCCAGCAAGGGGCCACCCAAGAUUGUCUUCAGUGAUGCCAGCAAGGAGGCUGGCCCAAGACCCCCAGUCUCAGGGCCUGGGUCUGGGCCAACACCUGGAGCCAAAACUGAGCCUGGGGCUAGAACAGGUCCUGGACCAGGGUCGGGAGCCCUAGCGAAAACUGGGGGAAUAGCCAGUACAAAGCAUGGCAGAGCAGAACAUCAGGCAGCAUCCAAGGCUGCUGCCAAGCCAAAGAUCACGCCGAAGGAAAGGGCCACCUGCCCACUGUGCCAAGCCGAGCUCAAUGUGGGUAGCAAGGGCCCAGCCAACUAUAACACCUGCACGACCUGCAAGCUCCAGGUGUGCAACUUAUGUGGCUUCAAUCCAACCCCCGAUCUGGUGGAGAAAACAGAGUGGCUCUGUCUGAACUGCCAAACUAAGCGGCUGCUGGAGGGCAGCCUGGGAGAACCGACUCCUCUGCCGAUGCCCACUUCACAGCAGCCCCCUGCAGGAGCCCGUCACCGUGCAGUUGGACCAGCCCCUCCAAAGCAGAAAGGGCCACAGGGGUUAGGCCAGCCAUCAGGCCCCCUGCCCGCCAAGGCCAGCCCCCUGCCUACUAAGGCCAGCCCACAGGCCAAGCCCUCCAGGGCUUCUGAACCCAGCAAGACCUCCAGCAGUGCCCAGGAAAAGAAAACAGGCGUCCCUACUAAAGCUGAGCCUGUGCCGAAGCCACCUCCAGAGACUACUGGGACUCCUAAAGCAAAAAGUGGGGUGAGAAGGACCGAACCUGUCACCAAGCCUGUUCCAGAAGCUCCCAAGGGUGGGGAGGCAGAGGAACCAAUCAGCAAGCCUUACACUCAGGACCUGUCUCGAAGCCCACAGAGCCUCAGCGACACAGGCUAUUCCUCUGAUGGUGUCUCCAGUUCUCAGAGUGAAAUCACAGGUGUUGUGCAACAAGAGGUGGAACAGCUUGACAGUGCAGGGGUGACAGGGCACCGCCCACCCAGCCCUUCAGAACUCCACAAAGUGGGGAGUAGCAUGCAGCCUUUACUGGAAGCCCAGGCUGUGGCCCCCGGAGGUGAGCGGAGCAAGCCACCCAGCAGCAGUGCUGUUGAGGACCAGAAACGGCGACCCCACUCCUUGUCCAUCAUGCCUGAGGUCUUUGACUCUGAUGAGGAGCUAGGGGAUAUCCUAGAGGAAGAUGAAGACUCCUUGGGGUGGGGGCACCAGAAGGAACAACGGGACACAGCUGAGUCCUCAGAUGACUUUGGAAGCCAGCUCAGGCAUGACUAUGUAGAAGACAGCAGUGAGGGUGGCCUAUCCCCUCUUCCACCCCAGCCCCCAGCCCGGGCAGAAAUGACUGAUGAGGAGUUUAUGCGGAGGCAGAUCCUUGAGAUGAGUGCUGAGGAGGACAAUCUAGAGGAAAAUGAUAGUGCUGUCUCUGGGCGAGGCCUGGCCAAACAUGGCACCCAGAAGGGCAGCACUAGGUCCAGGACUGAACCUAGCCAAGAGCCAACAGCACUGCCCAAGAGGCGCCUACCUCACAACGCCACCACAGGCUAUGAAGAACCCCUCUCCGAGGGAGGCCCAACAGAGGCCACCGACAGCAGUGUGGCCUUGCAGGGUGGGCUCCGCCGCUUUAAGACCAUUGAGCUCAACAGCACGGGCAGCUAUAGCCAUGAGUUAGACCUGGGCCAAGGUCCUGACUCCAGCCUGGACCGUGAGCCUGAGCUGGAGAUGGAGAGCCUGACAGGCUCACCUGAGGACCGUUCCCGUGGGGAGCACUCCUCCACCCUGCCUGCUUCCACUCCUAGCUAUACAUCAGGCACCUCACCCACCUCCCUGUCUUCACUAGAGGAGGACAGUGACAGCAGCCCCAGCCGCCGACAGAGGCUAGAAGAGGCAAAGCAGCAGCGCAAGGCCCGGCACCGGUCCCAUGGGCCCCUGCUGCCCACGAUUGAGGACUCUUCAGAGGAGGAAGAGCUGCGAGAGGAAGAAGAACUGCUGCGUGAACAGGAGAAGAUGCGAGAGGUAGAGCAGCAGCGCAUCCGCAGCACAGCUCGCAAGACCCGGCGUGACAAGGAAGAACUUAGGGCUCAGCGGAGACGUGAGCGCUCCAAGACACCGCCCAGUAACCUGUCACCCAUCGAAGAUGCAUCCCCCACAGAGGAGCUAAGGCAGGCAGCAGAGAUGGAGGAGCUACAUCGAUCCUCCUGCUCAGAGUACUCCCCCUCCCCCUCCCUUGACUCAGAGGCUGAAGCCCUGGAUGGUGGCCCCUCCCGGCUGUACAAAUCAGGCAGUGAGUAUAACCUGCCCACCUUCAUGUCCCUCUAUUCACCAACUGAGACACCCUCAGACAGUUCUACCACUCCCAGUUCUGGACGACCCCUUAAGAGUGCUGAGGAGGCCUAUGAAGAGAUGAUGAGAAAGGCUGAGAUGCUCCAGCGACAACAGGGUCAGGUGGCAGGGGUCCAUGGGCCCCAUGGUGGCCCCUCUCAGCCCACAGGCCCACAGGGCCAGGGCUCCUUUGACUAUCAAGACAGCCCAGACCAUGACUAUGGCAGGGCUUCUCAGCCUGGUGCAGAAGGCACACCUGUAGGGCUGGGAGCAAAUGUGUAUGAGGAGAUCCUUCAGACAUCCCAGAGCAUAGCCCGCAUGCGGCAGGCCUCCACACGGGACCUGGCCUUUACUGAGGACAAAAAGAAAGAGAAGCAAUUUCUGAAUGCUGAGAGUGCAUACAUGGAUCCAAUGAAGCAAAAUGGUGGUCCACUGACCCCUGGUACCAGUCCCACUCAACUUGCUGCUCCUGUGUCUUUUUCCACCUCCACCUCUUCAGACAGCAGUGGAGGCCGAGUUAUUCCUGAUGUCCGAGUUACUCAGCAUUUUGCAAAAGAGCCUCAGGACCCCCUCAAGCUCCACACUUCUCCUGCCUCCCCCAGCUUGGCCUCUAAGGAACUAGGCAUGUCCUUCUCCCAGGGCCCCAGUACCCCAGCCACCACAGCUAUGGCUCCUUCUCCAGCCAGCCUGCCACGAGGAUAUAUGACUCCAACCUCACCAGCUGGCUCUGAGCGCAGCCCAUCACCAUUUUCCACAGUCCAUAGCUAUGGACAGACCCCAACCACUGCUAACUAUGGGUCCCAAACUGAGGAGCCACCCCAAGUUCCCAGUGGCUCUAUUGUGGGUGGACGGGUCACUAGAGAGAAGCCUUUGAGUGGGAAUGAUGGUGAGGUUGGCACUCCCCAGCCUUCCCGGGGAUAUUCCUAUUAUUCAGGCUCUAGCCCACCUCUUUCUCCAACCACCCCCUCUGAGAGCCCGGCAUACUCCCCAGGCAAGUUGGGCCCAAGAGCCACAGCAGAGUUCUCUACACAGACGCCAAUCCUAACACUUGCCUCAGACAUGCCACGGAGCCCUAGUACCCCCACCCCCAGCCCCAUGGUAGCCCAGGGCACACAAACACCACACCGACCCAGCACACCUCGCCUGGUAUGGCAGCAGUCUUCCCAGGAGGCUCCCGUUAUGGUCAUCACACUAGCAUCAGAUGCCUCCAGCCAGACCAGGAUGGUACAUGCCAGUGCCUCCACUUCUCCACUGUGCUCACCUACUGACACCCAGCCUACCACCCAUACCUACAGCCAGACAACACCUCCAAGUGGGUCUCAAUUGCCCUCAGAACCAUCUGGGCCACCUGGCUUCCCUCGAGCACCUAGUGCUGGUGCAGAUGGGCCCCUGGCACUGUAUGGCUGGGGUGCCCUCCCUGCUGAAAACAUCUCCUUAUGCCGGAUCUCCUCUGUCCCUGGAACAUCUAGAGUUGAGCCAGGCCCCAGGCUCCCUGGUAGUGCAGUGGUAGACCUUCGAACAGCUGUCAAGCCCACACCUAUCAUCCUUACAGACCAGGGUAUGGAUCUGACCUCUCUUGCUGUGGAAGCAAGAAAGUAUGGCCUUGCCCUGGAUCCAAUCCCAGGACGUCAGUCAACUGCUGUACAGCCUCUAGUUAUCAACCUCAAUGCUCAAGAACAGACUCAUACCUUCCUGGCCACUGCUACCACCGUGAGCAUCACCAUGGCCUCAUCUAUGCUCAUGGCUCAGCAGAAGCAACCUGUGGUAUAUGGAGACCCCUUCCAGAGCCGCCUUGACUUUGGUCAGGGUUCAGGUAGCCCUGUAUGCCUGGCUCAGGUCAAGCAAGUAGAACAGGCUGUCCAGACAGCCCCAUACAGAGGUGGGUCCCGGGGAAGACCCAGGGAGGCCAAGUUUGCCAGGUAUAAUCUUCCCAACCAGGUAACACCUCUGGCCAGAAGGGACAUUUUGAUCACUCAGAUGGGUACCUCCCAGAGUGUUAGCCUCAAGCCAGGACCAGUGCCAGAGACUGGUGCUGAACCCCACCGGGCCACACCUGCAGAGCUUCGAUCACAUGCUCUGCCAGGUGCCAGGAAGCCACACACAGUGGUGGUACAGAUGGGAGAGGGCACAGCAGGCACUGUGACUACAUUGCUCCCAGAAGAGCCAGUGGGUGCCCUGGACCUCACUGGGAUGAGGCCUGAGAGCCAGCUGGCAUGCUGUGAUAUGGUCUACAAGUUCCCCUUUGGCAGUAGUUGUACUGGCACCUUCCCCCCUGCCCCCAGUGCACCUGAGAAGAACAUGGCAGAUGCCGUCCCGCCUGGCCAAAGCACUGGUCCUUUCUAUAGUGCCAGAGACCCUGAGCCUUCUGAGCACCUCACCUACCGGGCACAGGGGGUAGUAGGACCUGGACCCCACGAGGAGCAGAGGCCUUACCCACAGGGUCUCCCUGGCAGGCUAUACUCCUCCAUGUCUGACACCAAUUUGGCCGAAGCUGGCCUCAACUAUCAUGCCCACCGGAUUGGACAGCUCUUCCAAGGGCCUGGACGAGACUCAGCUGUGGACCUCAGCUCAUUGAAGCACUCUUAUAGCUUAGGCUUUGCAGAUGAACGCUACCUAGGGCAAGGCUUGCAGUAUGGCUCGUUCACUGACCUUCGUCAUCCCACAGAUAUUUUGACUCAUCCACUUCCCAUGAGGCGCUAUAGCUCUGUGUCAAACAUCUACUCAGACCACCGGUAUGGCCCACGGGGAGAUGCAGUUGGCUUUCAGGAGGCCAGUCUGGCCCAAUAUAGUGCCACCACAGCCCGAGAGAUCAGCCGCAUGUGUGCUGCCCUCAACUCCAUGGACCAGUAUGGUGGGCGGCAUGUUAGUGGAGGUGGUGGACCUGACCUUGUGCAGUACCAACAUGCACCUGGACUCAGUGCUCCACAGGGUCUGGCUCCACUCAGAUCUGGCCUCCUUGGCAACCCUACCUACCCAGAGGGUCAACCAAGCCCUGGGAAUCUAGCUCAGUAUGGGCCUGCAGGAAGCCAGGGAACAGCAGUCAGACAGCUACUCCCAUCCACAGCCACAGUGCGUGCAGCAGAUGGCAUGAUCUACUCGACUAUCAAUACUCCAAUUGCUGCGACCCUGCCCAUCACCACCCAGCCUGCCUCAGUACUGCGACCCAUGGUGCGUGGUGGUGUGUACAGGCCUUAUGCAUCUGGUGGAGUCACAGCUGUGCCUCUUACCAGCCUGACACGCGUGCCCAUGAUUGCUCCCCGGGUACCCCUUGGGCCAGCAGGGCUAUACCGAUACCCUGCGCCAAGUAGAUAUCCCAUUGCUUCUAGUGUUCUACCAGCUGAGGGGCCUGUCUAUCUGGGAAAGCCAGCUGCUGCCAAGGCCCCAGGGGCAGGAGGUCCACCAAGGCCAGAGCUACCCUCGGGGGCUGCACGGGAAGAACCUCUUUCUACAACUGCCCCUGCCCCCAUCAAGGAAGCCCCAGUAGCCUCUGCCCCUGCCCCACUACCCAGCCAGAAGCCACCAGGAGAUGCUGCUGCUGGGGGUGGCAGUGGAGUCCUCAACCGGCCUGGGAUGGAGAAGGAGGAGACAUCUCAGGAAGAACGGCAGCGGAAGCAACAGGAGCAGCUGCUGCAGCUUGAACGGGAACGGGUGGAGCUGGAGAAGCUGCGACAACUGCGGCUGCAGGAGGAGCUGGAGCGAGAGAGGGUAGAGUUGCAGAGGCACCGUGAGGAAGAGCAACUGCUGGUGCAGCGGGAGUUGCAGGAGCUCCAGACCAUCAAGCACCAUGUGCUGCAGCAACAGCAAGAAGAACGCCAGGCCCAGUUUGCACUGCAGCGGGAACAGCUGGCACAGCAGCGGCUGCAGCUGGAGCAGAUCCAGCAGCUACAGCAGCAGCUGCAGCAGCAACUAGAGGAACAGAAACAGCGGCAGAAGGCUCCCUUCCCUGCAACCUGUGAGGCACCUGGCCGAGGACCUCUCCCAGCUGCUACUGAGCUGGCCCAGAAUGGCCAGUACUGGCCACCACUGACCCACACAGCCUUCAUUGCUGUGGCAGGAACCGAGGGGCCUGGCCAGCCUCGUGAGCCCAUGCUGCACAGGGGCCUCCCCAGCUCUGCCUCAGACAUGUCACUGCAGACUGAAGAGCAGUGGGAGGCAGGCCGCAGUGGCAUCAAGAAGCGUCACUCCAUGCCACGUCUGAGGGAUGCCUGUGAGCCAGAGUCAGGGCCUGAGCCCUGCACAGUCAGGAGGAUUGCAGACAGCAGUGUGCAGACAGAUGACGAGGACGUUGAGGGCCGAUACCUCCUGACCCGAAGACGCAGGACACGUCGCAGUGCCGACUGCAGCGUGCAGACAGAUGACGAGGAUAAUGCUGAGUGGGAGCAACCAGUUCGCCGCCGCAGGUCCCGUCUUUCUCGUCACUCAGACUCGGGCUCAGACAGCAAGCAUGAUGCCACUGCCUCAUCAUCUGCUGCCACCACCACUGUGAGGGCCAUGAGCAGCGUGGGCAUCCAGACCAUCAGUGACUGCUCCGUACAGACGGAGCCUGACCAGCUGCCCAGGGUCUCGCCUGCUAUCCAUAUCACAGCUGCCACCGACCCCAAGGUGGAGAUAGUCAGAUACAUAUCAGCACCAGAAAAGACUGGGCGUGGGGAGAGCCUGGCCUGCCAGACAGAACCAGAUGCACAAGCCCAGGGUGUGGCUGGGCCACAGCUUGUCGGGUCAACUGCCAUCAGCCCCUACCUGCCUGGCAUCCAGAUCGUCACCCCAGGUCCCCUAGGCAGAUUUGAAAAAAAGAAGCCAGAUCCUCUGGAGAUUGGGUACCAGGCCCAUCUGCCCCCAGAGUCCCUUUCACAGCUUGUGAGCCGCCAGCCUCCUAAGUCUCCCCAAGUUCUCUACUCACCAGUCUCACCCUUGUCCCCACACCGGCUCCUGGACACCUCCUUUGCUUCCAGUGAAAGGCUGAACAAGGCUCAUGUGACUCCCCAGAAGCACUUCAUGGCUGACAGCGCUCUUCGCCAGCAGACUCUGCCUCGCCCCAUGAAGACCCUGCAGCGGUCCUUGUCCGACCCUAAGCCCCUCAGCCCCACCGCCGAGGAGUCUGCCAAAGAGAGAUUCUCCCUCUACCAGCACCAGGGGGGACUAGGUAGCCAGGUGUCGGCGCUGCCACCCAACGGCCUGGUCCGCAAGGUGAAGCGGACACUGCCCAGCCCCCCUCCAGAGGAAGCUCACCUUCCCCUGGCUGGCCAGGCCCCCUCACAGCUGUAUGCAGCCAGCCUGCUACAACGAGGGCUGGUGGGGCCCACCACCGUCCCUGCUACCAAGGCCAGCCUGCUCCGGGAAUUGGACCGGGACCUGCGGCUGGUGGAGCAUGAGUCCACCAAGCUGCGCAAGAAGCAGGCAGAGCUGGACGAGGAGGAGAAGGAGAUUGAUGCCAAGCUCAAGUACUUAGAGCUGGGUAUCACCCAGCGUAAAGAAUCUUUGGCCAAAGACCGGGGUGGCCGUGACUACCCACCUUUACGUGGCCUUGGUGAGCAUCGUGACUACCUGUCUGACAGCGAACUCAACCAGCUGCGGCUCCAGGGUUGCACCAUGCCCACUGGCCAGUAUGUGGACUUCCCUGCCUCAGCUGCUGUGCCUGCCACCCCAUCUGGCCCAACUGCCUUCCAGCAGCCCCGGUUCCCACCUGCAGCCCCACAGUACACUGCAGGCAGUAGUGGGCCAACUCAGAACGGAUUUCCAGCCCACCAGGCACCCACCUACACUGGCCCCAGCACAUACCCAGAACCUUCUUUUCCUUCUGGCACUAGUUAUCCAGCUGAGCUGGGCCUGCCAAACCAGCAGGGUUUCCAUCCGACAGGCCAUUAUGCAGCCCAAACACCCAUGCCAACUACACAGAGCACCCUUUUUCCAGUCCAAGCUGACAGUCGUGCCCCCCACCAGAAGCCACAUCAGACCUUACUAGCUGACUUGGAACAGAAGGUACCCACAAAUUAUGAAGUGAUUACCAGCCCUGCUGUAACCAUGUCUUCAGUCCCCUCUGAAACUAGCUACAGUGGCCCAGCGGUGAGCAGCAGCUAUGAGCAGGGCAAGGCUCCCGAGCUUCCCCGGAGCAGUGACCAAAGCAGUGUGAGCCAGAGCCCAGCCCCCACCUACCCCUCUGACUCCCACUACACCAGUCUGGAGCAGAAUGUUCCCCGGAACUAUGUGAUGAUUGAUGACAUUAGUGAGCUGACAAAGGACAGCACCCCCACUGCCCAUGAUAGCCAGCGGCUGGAGCCUUUGGGGCCAAGUGGAGUCAGUGGGCGUCCUGGGAAGGAGCCUGGAGAACCAGGUGUCCUCGAGGGGUCCACACUGCCUUGUUGCUAUGGCAGAGGGGAGGAAGAAUCUGAGGAGGACUCAUAUGACCCCCGUGGGAAAGCUAGCCAUCACAGGAGCAUGGAGAGCAAUGGCCGACCAGCCAGCACUCAUUAUUACAGUGACAGUGACUAUAAACAUGGGUCUCGGACAGAGAAGUAUGGUCCAGGUCCCAUGGGGCCCAAGCAUCCCUCCAAGAGUCCAGGCCCAGCUGUCAUCUCUUCAAAGCGCAGCAAGCACCGGAAGCAGGGCAUGGAGCAAAAGAUCUCCAAGUUCUCGCCUAUUGAAGAGGCCAAGGAUGUAGAGUCAGACCUGGCCUCCUACCCCCCAACUGCUGUCAGCAGCAGCCUUGCCUCUCGGGGCAGGAAGUUCCAGGAUGAAAUCACCUAUGGGCUCAAGAAGAAUGUGUAUGAGCAGCAGAGGUACUAUGGGGUGUCCAGCCGGGACACAGCAGAGGAAGAUGACCGCAUGUACAGUGGCAGCAGCCGGUCCCGAGUGGCAUCUGCAUACGCUGGGGAGAAGCUGUCUAGCCAUGAUUUCAGUGGUCGAGGCAAAGGGUAUGAGCGGGAACGGGAGGCUGUGGAGCGACUUCAAAAGGCAGGCCCCAAGCCCUCAUCCUUGAGCAUGGCCCAUGGCCGGACACGGCCCCCCAUGAGGAACCAGGCCUCUGAAGAGGAGAGCCCUGUCAGCCCCUUGGGGCGGCCUCGCACUGCAGGGGGCACCCUUCCUCCUGGGGAUACCUGCCCACAGUUCUGCUCCAGCCACUCCAUGCCUGACGUCCAGGAACAUGUUAAGGAGGGCCCACGGGCCCAUGCGUAUAAGCGUGAGGAGGGCUACAUCCUGGAUGAUUCCCACUGCGUGGUUUCUGACAGCGAAGCGUAUCACCUGGGCCAGGAGGAGACAGACUGGUUUGAUAAACCCCGAGAUGCCCGCUCUGACCGGUUCAGGCACCAUGGGGGCCAUGCAGUCUCCUCCUCCCAGAAACGAGGCCCUGCCAGGCACAGCUACCACGACUACGAUGAACCCCCUGAGGAGGGCCUGUGGCCUCAUGAUGAGGGUGGCCCAGGCCGCCAUGUGUCAGCCAAGGAACACCGGCACCACAGUGACCACGGGAGGCACUCAGUCCGCCAUGUUGGUGAGGAGCCAGGACGGCGUGCUGCCAAACCACAUGCUCGGGACCUGGGUCGCCAUGAGACCCGGCCCCACCCUCAGGCCAGCCCUGCCCCCUCCAUGCAGAAGAAGGGUCAGCCUGGGUACCUCAGCUCUGCUGAAUACUCACAGCCAUCCCGUGCUCCAUCAACAUACCAUCAUGCCUCUGACAGCAAGAAGGGCUCCCGGCAGGCCCACUCUGGGCCUGCUACACUGCAGCCAAAGCCAGAACCCCAGGCCCAGCCGCAGAUGCAAGGUCGGCAGGCAGCUCCAGGGCCACAGCAGUCACAGCCACCACCAUCCAGGCAGAUGCCCUCAGGCACAACAUCACGCCAGCCACAGAUACAGCAGCAGCAACAGCAGCAAGGUCUUGGGCAGCAACUGCCACAGCAGGCCCCAUCACAGGCUCGGCUGCAGCAGCAGAGCCAGCCAAACACCCGGGGCUCAGCUCCUGCUGCUAGCCAGCCAGCAGGGAAACCUCAGCCAGGCCCCAUGACAGCCCCAGGCCCUCAGCCAGCAGGACUGCCACGGGCAGAACAGGCAAAUGGCUCUAAAGCAACAGCCAAAACACCCCAACAGGGGAGGGCUCCUCAGACCCAGCCAACACCCGGACCUGGACCCACAGGACUGAAGGCUGGAGCCAGGCCUGGGGGGACUCCAGGGGCUCCUGCUGGCCAGCCAGGUGCCGAUGGGGAAAGUGUGUUCUCCAAAAUCCUCCCUGGCGGGGCAGCAGAGCAAGCUGGCAAGCUGACAGAAGCUGUCUCUGCUUUUGGCAAAAAAUUUUCCUCGUUCUGGUGAUUGUGCCCAGCAGGCAUCUACAAUCUGGCAACCCCUUUGCCCAAAGACUCACACCAAGUGGACCGCAGCAGGCAGGCCUCAGCUGAGGACAGGAUGUUUUCUAACAGCAGCUGCCUGGGUGAAGCAUCUACUGGACCAGUGGGACCAUUGGCUCGGGGAACCUUUGAUUCUCUUUCCAGAGACCCUGCCUUCCUCAGGCCAGUCAUCCUUGGGAGAGAGGAGCCCUCACCAGAAGGCUGUGGCUGUCUGCUGCUCAUCCCACAGCCUCCUUUAUGUGGCCUAGCCAGCCAGGCUUCCAAUGCGUUAUACACAGAGUUUGGUUGCAUACUGCCCUCCCUCUGAGAUGCCAGAAGUUUUUCCACAGCCUUGGAGAGGGGCUUUGACUGAGGGCUGGGGGCCCCGGGCUCCGUUUCCUUCACAUUCCAGCUGGCCCGGAUCCCUCUGUGGCUGUAAGGUCCUGCCACCUUCACCCUGCCCUCUGGGUGACAUUGGGGCAGACCUCCAUGUGGCCAGCAUGGGUUUGGGAGAACUUUACAAACACUAGGACCUAACACUGUCUCAUUGCUGAAAUAAGAGACCAUAGCACCGAAAAGCAGCAUGGGCACCGGCUGAGGCUUCUCCCAGCCCAUGGGUGGUAGCGUGCCAGGCACGCCUGCCAUCAUCUUAAAGCCAUCCCCCCAGCCAUCGUGAGCAUCCCAGUGGUACCACCAUUGUCUUGACCAGCCAGCUCCUCAUCCGUACACCUGAGGAUUUCUUUUGAUUUCAAGAACAGCCUUAAUCAUUCCAGUUUGAUUUACGUGUAUACCUCAUGAACAUUUUUUUCCUCUCUCUCUUUCUCUCUCCUUUCUUUGCUCACCUCCCUUGCCUCUCCCCUCUACCACCUUGUGACUGACGGUUUCCUUUCUGCUCUGCCCCUGCCCAGCACAGGGAGAAAUGUUGACUUAGAAGCAAUAGGGCAGCAGGCCACUAAGAGCACAAAUCCAGGGUGAGGUCUAGGGAAGCCCCUCAGCCCACCUCUGUUUACUGUGCAAUUUUAGUCCUUCUUAAGCCAUCACCAGUGGGCGUGCUCAGAGCAGAGGAGCCAGGGCUUCUGCCAGCCAAGGGAAAGGCUCAAUGCCCUGAGGGGAAGGGGGAGUGUGACACUGUCCAUUCACCUGGUGGAUUGGGCUACGUUCCUCCCCAAAGCCCUUCCCUUGAAGGCCUCCCUUCAUUUUGGGCACAGCCACAAGUCUCAUCUAAUGUUCUAUGCAAUUAAAUAUAAACCCUCAAAGACAACUGUUAAUAUUUAAUAAAUUCCAUGUUACAUAUAAGGAGUUAAUUGCAAACAUGCAAUUGAGAAACUGGAUAGAUAUGCUCAUAUCACCAUUCCACCCAACCCGUUCCCACUUUGUGUAUGCGUGUGUGUGUGUGUGUGUGUGUGUGUGUGUGUGUGUGUGUGUGUGUAAACUCUUAGUCUGUGGCAUGUUUGACCUGUGGCAGGACUCGCUGCUGCCAGGUGAGUCACCGCCUGUCUCGCAGUGGAGCAUGCACAGCUAGCAGCCUCUUUGCACGAUUUCAUUCAUUUUAAAUGCUUGACCCUCUUGCUUAGAGUUCUUUUCAGAGUUCUUUUUGCCUCUAAACCUCUCCUUUAGGAGCACUUCUUGCUGACUUCUGUACAAGCUAGUGAAGGCCUGCCAGAAUUCUUGCCUGAGUAUGCCAGGCCAUGGAGCAGGCAGCAAAGCCACACACACCUUGCAGUUUUAUCUGUCCAAGAUUGCAAAUAAAAGAGAAACCUCAGAAUAGACACAAUGAUAGGAGCCCGCACAGGAUGCAUGUGUAUGAACGUUCUGUAGGAUUGCUGUAGGAUUUCUACCUGUGUAUUGGUUUUCCCUCCUAACCCAGCCCUGAGCCAUAAGAAUAUGGCUGCUUCUUCCCAGUGGGCGCUAUACAAGGGCAGAGGUGGGCUGCAUCUAUGACCAGAGAGACAGAAGCCAAGAGCAAAGCCUGGCUGUGCCCUAGGGUCCCUAAGUCUUGACUGAACCUGCACCAUGCCUCUCCUGUGAUUGGAAGGCUUAAAGGACUGUGAGCCACGAGAUCUGGGCUGGAGCCAGGGGAUCAAAGGGUGAUCAGGAAGAGCUGGGCUUUGGGCAUUUUGGCCAAAAAUAUCAUCUGGGACAACUGUUCACAUAAACAAUGAUUUUAAGCUGAGCUUCUUGGGAAGUUUCUCAAUAGCAAAAUUUCCUGAAGGUCUCCUGUAGCCUCUUCCAUAUCUGUCCCAGGACCUACCCUCUUCCCUGAAGCUCAAGUAUCCCACUGUUAUCAGCCUCUCUCUCACUGAACCAGGAGUAGGCCAGUGGUACCUGUCUGACCCCUUGAGGUCUGACCUCCCUCCAAAGUACUCUGGUUUGUAUCAUGCAUUUCUCAGGGGCCCACAUUUCUCAUGCUUUUCUACAAGGCCUACACAUCCUUUAGAGGGUGGUCCUGGCCUACCUCUGGCAGCUGUGAGUGGAACAGCCCAAGCUGUGUUGGACUUAAGACCCUGGGUUCCUGGGAUUUGGCCUUUUUCCUGCCAUCAAACAGCUGCCUCAUCUCAGAGAUAGGUCUAGGCUAUAUGAGGACAUCUGAGCUAGGGAUGAGGAAGGACACCACUGGGGAACUUGAGCCACCCAGGACAAGGUCUGUGUGGGAUGUGCCUGAUGUUUAAAUACUUGGAGAUCAAGACAGUAACCCUUUCCACUGACAGCUAAGGGCCUGGACUAGGAGCCACGCACAGGAAGGAUGUCAGCAUGUUAACUUUUGGCAGGCUCUACUUCAGGCUCUAAAUACUAACUUUUUAGCAAAUUUUCUUUCUGACUAAACUCUGAGUUUGAAAUUUCUGAUGUCUGCCACUCCCUAUACCUGAUUGUACUCACAGGACAGAUCAUUGCCCCUCUAUGAAGAUGGCUACAAUAAUCUUCUAGGUCAUGGGUAUCUUGGCCCUUGUGUUAACUCUGGACAUGACAGCCAGAGGCUGAGGGACAAGUAUUCGCUGCUGUGGGAAGUGGUGAGCAAUAGGCACAUCUCCAUAAUGGGUAAGAAGUCUCUGGGUAGUCCAGGCCUUCUCCAUUCCCCCCCCCCCCCGCCCCGUGUCGUAAGCAAGAGUAAUCUCCUCUGCCUACUUGGGGCCUCAAUACACCUGCUUCAUGGUGAUAGCCCUUCUCCCACCACUACCACCUUCCUACCCCUUGGGAAGAUCAGAUGGUCUUGGGACCCACAAUGAGAGAAUAGCAAAGGCAGCAACUCUGGCCUGCAUUCUGGAGCCUGUGGGGAGUUUUCCAGGCAGGUCCUUUUUCCAUGAUAAUACAGUCCUGCUUUAUUGGCUCCUCCCCUUCCAUGCUGUAAAUAUUUGUCAUCAUGGAUUCCAACAGGGUCAAAGGGAUAGACCUAAUCAACUGAAACUCCUUGGAGAUGCCAUCUCUGUCUCCCUGGGUGCCAUCACCCUGCUGCUAUAUGCAUUGGGGUGGCACUGGAGAGCCAUAGAAGUCAUGAGAUUGUGUAAGCAUGUGUACAUGAGUGUGUGUAUGUAUAUAUGUGUGUGUGCGCGUGCACCUCAUUCAACCUCUGGGGUCAAAUCAGCUCCUCUCCAAGUGCAGUACCCUGGAGAGUGGUGGCCAUCCAACACCUUUCCUCUAGCUUCCAUGUCUUGUUUUUGCUCUUUUCUUCCCUCCUCCUUCCCUCUCUUCUUUCCUUCUCUCCUUCUUUAUUUGAGGGGGGGAAGAGUGCUGUACAAAGUCAAACAAACAAGUUUACAAUUGUAAGUGCAAUGACCCGAGUCCUCCACAUGACCUUGUGAAUUGUGUGCCGUCCUCCUGUGCUCUAUGAGAACUCGUGGUACUUCAGUGUCCCUCCCCUGUAUUGUGACAAGGUAUUUCUGUGGUAUCAGAAUAAAAUGACUUGAUAUAAACAA